AUGCCUGUGCAUCUGCAGGUGUGCCUGGUGGUGGCGACUCCGGGUGUCAUCCCGUCGUCACAGAAGGUCAUUGUGUAUGUGGGCCGAAAGGAGCCGCAAAUGGUCAUCAAAACACUCAUGACAGACAUUGCGUGCAUCAACCACAACCACACCAACGUCAACGCACCCAUCAAACACACAACCGCGCACACACAGACCAUCCUGCACAAUCUAGUGGCUGAGUAUGCGAGCAAGAAGGAUCUGUCGGAUGAAGACGUGUAUGGCAGCAAUGACGAGGUGGGUGCUGGUGUUCAAGGGGCUUUGUGGG